GUUUACGCUGGUAGCGUAGAACGACGCGGCGGGAGGAGCUGGUCGUCUAGCACUUAGCCAGCUAGCUAACCGCUGAUCACAGCGCAUUAAAACACAUUUAUACGUCUGCACUGAGUGUAUCUCAUUGUCACUCGUAAAACUAAAUAAGAGAGAUGUAGCUAUCCGGCCUAGAGAUACUCCACUUAAGACCCAGUCCCCAGGGGGAGCGCUCCCCCGCCCCCCCCACCCCCGCCGGCAAUACGGCCAUGACAACGGGAGAGUGCUGUCACCUGCCGGGGUCUCUGUGCGACUGCAUGGCUGGUGGGGACGUGUCAAAGGGCGUGGGGGAGGCCGACGUGCAGCACGCCCAGUACGUCACUCAGGUCACCGCCAAAGACGGGCGACUGCUCUCCACAGUCAUCCGGGCUCUGGGCAUGCAGAGCGACGGGCCCAUAUGCCGCAUCUGCCAUGAGGGGGGGAUCGGCGAGGGCCUCCUGUCCCCCUGCGAGUGCACAGGCACGCUGGGGGCUGUCCACCGGAGCUGCCUGGAGAAGUGGUUGUCCUCCUCGAACACCAGCUACUGUGAGCUCUGUCACACAGAGUUCAGCGUGGAGCGCCGGCCACGCCCCCUGACAGAGUGGCUGCAAGACCCCGGGCCGCGUAACGAGAAGCGGACGCUCCUGUGCGACAUGGUCUGCUUCCUGUUCAUCACUCCGCUGGCAGCCAUUUCUGGCUGGCUGUGCCUCCGUGGGGCCCAGGACCACCUCCACUUCAACAGCCGCCUUGAAGCUGUGGGCCUCAUUGCUCUCACCAUCGCUCUCUUUACCAUCUAUGUCCUGUGGACCCUGGUAUCCUUCCGCUACCACUGUCAGCUGUAUUCCGAGUGGAGGCGAACCAAUCAGAAAGUGCGCUUGCUGAUUCCCGAUGUCAAGACUGCCUGUUCUGCCCAGCAUUCCUUGCUUUCCACCAAGCUGAUGAAGAUGACAGCGGAUGAGACCGUUGUAUGAGACAGCUCAGGCUGCCAUGCAUGGCUUAAACCUCUCCCUUUCUGUUUUCUUUUAAGAUUUAUUUAAUAUAUUACAGCACUUACUUUCCCCUUCCCCAUCAUUAUGGCCUUUUUGGGGCUCCUGAACAUGGAGAGCAAGGUGACAUGAUACUGAGUGACAACUGUCCCCUGGUUUUUAUAGCCAGAGGUGGGGCUCGAUCCAGUGUUGACAAGGUGCUUUAUCCCUGCGGGACUGGCGCCAUGUUCAUCCCUGUCUCUCCCGAGGAGCCGAUUGCUGGAGAUACCUGUAACCUCAGCAGAACACUUUGGAUUUCAGAACAGGCCCAUUCGUAGGGCAGCAAAUGUCGAUGUCACUUUAGUUAUGCAAAAUUUUAUUCAUGUUUUUUUUUUUAAGUGGUUCUAAGAAACCUUAUGGGAUUGUGCUGUGUGUGAGCCGAGGGUAAACUUCUGCUUUUUAACCCCCCCCCCAAUCCAGGCUGUGAGGAAACACCUGUCAUGACACAGACACUGACCCCCCCCCCCCCUUGCCCCAGGCAUCUCCCCCGCAGAUCACAUGCUCAUCCUCAGCCUCCUGCUAUUGUCAGUGUCCUGCCCUGAAGUUCACGAACACCCCCAGCUCACGCUUCCCCAUUCCCUCGUCCUCAUUGCUUGUCCAACUACCUUGUGUUGCACUGUUCUGCUGCCUAGUUGUGUACAUUUUCCCAGGACAGGAAGCGCUCUGCUACGCCAAGUCUUACUUCGGGACGUAUCCUCGCCCCGCUGCCUUCCUCAGUAUUAAACAGCAUCCUGCAAGUUGCCGGUCAGUGUGCAUGGACACAUUGUCUUGCUAGCUUACUGUAAGAUUCCUCUACACUACAUUUCCCAAAAGAGACUCUGAGUUUUUAAUGAAAUGUAAGAGUGGUAUGAAAUGUAGCGUGAUUAGUAAUUCUCGAUGUCACUGUACAGAAUGAACAACCUGUAAGAAACACUACAGUUCUUUUUCCUCUGGCAUCCUCCAGAAUAAUCCACUUCUCUGACCCCUGACCUUCUCUUCAGUAAUUCACUGCCUCUGGUGCACAGUUUACCUUGGGUCCUAUCCGCAGUGUAAGAACCACUCAGCUUUACCUUGUGCAAUUUGUGCGAAUAUAACCAUGCAAAGCCUUCACAUGUUUACACACAUUUGUGUCUGGGACAUUGUCGAAAGGGAUUUUUGGAGAUUGUUUCAGCAAAAGGCUUUGGCUUCAGGCCCUGGAAUUUCCUUUGAAGGAGUCGAUCUUGAUCCACCAGGUUCCGAGUGAUGAUCGCUAAAAUAACUGGAAUCCACUUCGGAGUCCCAUUUUUUUAAAAAAAGAUUUUUAAAUAGACUUUUUCAGAACUGAAUACGUGUAUGUAUGUAUGUAUGUAUGUAUGUCAAACAAUGGACAUUUGAUAAUCGAUGUUUGAUGUUUUCUUAUUUUCUGAAUUUCCCUUUUUAAUAGUUGGGUUUGCAUCUCCACUGAAUGGUAUUUGCUAUUUAGUGGUAUUAAUUCAUGAUGGACAAAAUGAUGCCUCAUGAACCAUUUGCUGUAUUUUUUGAUCCCACUAGAUGGCGUUCUUGGUAUGCUUUAGGGCAUGCUCUGUGCCCUUUUUUGAACAGAGAGCUCAAUACAGCAAAUUAUUUAUGAAGCAUCAUUUUGUCCAUCCUUAGUAUUAAUACACUACAUCUGAGGAUGGAGGCAUGUUAGAUGACCCUUAAUUCUCCUGGGGGGUGUUAUGUUGUGUGACUGUGUUUAAGACGUGAUGUGGGUGUGUGUGGGUGUGGGUGUGUUGGUUCAUGCUCCCCAUUCACUUCACCUAAUGAGCUGGAAUCCCCCGAUGUAGCAUUUCGCUGUGUUUCCUCUGGACUGCUGCACUACCGUAACUCUCCAUAGAUGUUUUAUGAACUACGGCCUUCAUGUGAAAGGCCUACAGAACCGUUCCUAACUACAGUGACAGGUCAAAUUCGCCUCCUUAUGGACAAAAUGCACUUACAUUAACCUAAUUAUUAGUGUUGCGCUCUUUAAAAUAGCUGUGUGACCAGUUUGUUUUCAGAUGUUGGCUCUCAUGAGUGUGAAAUAUUUGUGAAUAUUGUUGAGGGUGGAGGUAUUCAGGUUUUAACAUAUAUGUUGUUUAAAUAGUAUUGUUAGUGUAUGGAAACGCCGCCCCUUUGCACAGCAUGGGCGUGUGGCCCCUGCCUCGUUAUCAGCUGUCAUGAGCUGCCCGGCCGAAGCCAACAACAUUCUGCAGACCCCCUAAAACAGUGUUUUCCAAUCCGGUCCUCAGAGACCCGCAGCAGUCCACGUUUUUGUUCUCUCCCAGCCCUCAACAAAUAUGUGCACUGUCUGGCAAGGAGCUGAGAGGGAGUAAAAACUUGGACUGUCUGUGGGUCCCCAAGGAAUGGGUUGGGAAUUACUGUCCUAAAACAUUUGGCCAGCCUGAGCGUUAAUUCUUUGUCUCACGUCACAUGGUUUGUGGUGGUACUUUAUAUAAAGUUUGUGGUGGUUUAUUAUUGUUUUUUAAUUUUUACAUUCGUAUCUUACCUAUGUCACUUUUACCUGUAUGGUGGGGGCUGGGGGGGGGCAGAGAUUGUAACCGACAUCUUGAUUUGUGACAGAUUUGCUGACCGCUUCAAAAAUGAGUUUGCCCACAAACAAAACAGUGUGCUCAUCG